UGAAGUUCACAGAUAGAAAAACUGAAGUGCGGUGUUUAUUUUGCUUUUUUCCUAUUUUAUUAUAACUUCUCAGUUAUUGUAGUAAAUUUUUUGUAAAAGUAUAGAUAAAAGUAAUGCUCUUAUAAUCUCUUCUUUUAGAAACUUUUUCGCAUUUAAUAGAAAAAACAUCUCAUGAUGAAGAAUACGGGACAAUAGUGUCAGUGUGAAAGAUGUUUAAAAUAGAGUCAUAUGUAACACCUAUCCUGCUGAGCUAUGUGGACAAAUAUGUGCGGGACUUCAAACCAGCUGAUGCACAGGUAUCAUUAUGGGGUGGGGGCGUUGCGCUCCACAAUCUGGUGCUCAAGGCGGAUGUGCUGCAGCAGGAAGUGGCGUUGCCCUUCACCCUCGUCUCUGGCCGCAUCCAUGAGCUCCUCAUACAAGUACCAUGGACCAAGAUCAUGUCGGAACCGAUUGUCGUCACCAUCGAUACUAUAGAAUGUGUGUUGAGUCUGAACCCGCCUGUCUCGCCCGAUGGCACGCCGCCUCCAGCGUCGCCGAGCCGCAAGACUCAAGUAGUGGAGGCUCCGCCGGGCUACAUGCAGGCUUUGGUCCGGCGCAUCGUGAGCAACAUAGCGCUGCGCGUGCACCACCUUAUCGUCAAAUACGUGCAGGAUGAUAUAGUUCUAUCUCUCAACGUCAAACAUCUUGGCGUCGACAGCGCCGGCCCCAAUUGGGAACCCGCUUUUGCAGAUAUUGAUCAGGCUCAACCAGUGAUAAGAAGGCUAGUGCACCUAGACGAUCUCACUCUGUGUCUGGACAAAUCCGACAGAGAUGGCAAGAUACGGUUUUUUCACGAACCUUUAUUGUAUAGAUGUCAGCUAGAUCUCAGAGUGUUAACCCGCCUAGUGUCCGCGAAUACACGUCGUGCUACUAGUUUGGACGUGCAGAUGCGGUCCACUAAGCUAGCUUGGAGCGUCACCAACGAACAGCUGGCGCUCUUGUUCCGGCUCAUCAGGGAGCGACCGAUCACCACCGUCACACCGCCACCGCCGAAGCAGUCCGUCGCACAACCGCCGCUCCAUUCGACGUCGUCGAACUCAGCGGAGCCGACUCGGCAGGAGAGCUGGUCGGAGUGGGCGUGGUCGUGGCUCCCCACGUGGGUGGACCGCGACGUGGGCAUAGAAGAAGCACCACUGCCACCCACCUCGCUGCCUAUAUACUUCAGCGCUUAUCUUGAUGACGUCUCCCUGGUGUUCAAGGUGAUGGAGACGGAAGCGGGCAGUCGCAAGCGUUCGCGCGCAGUUCUAGAGGUAUCGGCAAACUUUGCAGCGCUGAAGUCUUCGAUCUGCCACCCGACCCACUUGAGGAUACGCUGCGGCGCAAGAGAAAUCAUGAUGCAGUCCCACGGAAAAUGUGUCUGCGGAUACAUUAAUUUUAACACUUUAAAUUCAGAACCGACAGUUUUCCUGAAGAAGAUAAAGACGGCAUCACAGUCGGAGACGGCGUGGACGUGGCCGGACGGGGUGCUCAAUGGCAAAGUGAAGGUCGCUGAGGUCAUUGACGAAAACGUCCCCGCCACUGCUGGGGAACCUGAAGGCAGCACUGUCUCCCCCGCACAAUCCUUACAAGACUUGAAACCUACGUCGGUUGAGCCGAACCUGGACAAACAAGACCAAGACGAUAUCGACGAGCUCUGGAACAAGAUGGCGCCAAUCGUGUUUGUGGAGUAUCUGCAUGAACGGUCACCCCCCAACCAACUGACCAACCCGUAUGAUAACCCGCCUAAAGAUUUUGAGUAUAGUGAUUGGGGCGAAGAAUGCAGCAUGACGAUAGCGGUAGAACCAUUGGAGCUAAGAUUGUGCAUGGGGCUCAUACAUCGGUUGCAAGCGCUGAAGAACAUAUUAAAGGAACACGUAGCUACAGAGCCAGAUAUGCCAAGGCGAGUGCUAACAGUGGAAGAGAAGGAAGCUCUGACGGAGAACUUGCCUCAGCGUCGUAUAAAACUGGAGGUGAAUGGCGCACUGGUGCGUUUGAUACCGUGGAACCACAUCCUGGGCGACCGCCAGCCCACGCCUGAACCUAUCGCAUUGGAGGUCGAGUUACCCUAUGCUAGUGCCGUCAUCAUGGCUCCCUUGUAUCCACAUAGGGUGUGUUCAGCAGCCAGUCAGAUGCCGAAAGACUCGGGAUCUCUAUGGCAAGGCGCGAGACGGCACACCACCGUCACUCUCAACUCCAUACAGAUCAGAGUGGCAAAUGCCGAAAGCACUGAGAAUCGGCCCUGUGCACGCGCAGACAUCAAGCUAGUCACACAUCAACUACUCUACAAAUCCUUUUUCCAGGAUAGAGACUCCAUUGAGUUCGCUUAUCAUUUGAAAAUUAAGGAAAUGAGCAUAUGCGGAUCUCUCCCGCGGCUGCAGGCAGCAUAUCAUGUUCCUAUGUCAUUGUUCAUAGAAAAACGGUCCAUCGCACUAAAACAUACUACACUACCUAGAGACGCACUCAGUGACCAAGACGCAGUGGCUAUCGACCUGGCGCUGGAGGACUGCACGUUGCGGGGCUACAUGACGGACAACGUCAACAUGCAUGUCGUCACGGUGCACUCCGCCAAAGCCACCGCCCUACAUGAACCCAAGGCUGGCGUUAUGAAACAAGCGUGGCUCUUCUCCGCUCCCGAUGCGCCCACCACAACUCCCUACCUUCGUGCUGCGAUCCAAUGGUGCACCGUCCAGGUGGAUAACUCGUUCGAUUACCUGGGCAUCUGGACGGAGCCCGUAGCCUUCUCCGUGGACCCACUGCUCAUAGCCUGGCUCGCCUACAAGCCCAUUGUCAAGUCUGAGGCGUCUCUGCCGGCCGCUGUGAAGAGCUUGUCACAAACGCAACAGAUAUCGUUUCGACGCCGCAGCACACCACCGUCAUCGAGUGGCCGCGGCGGCAGCAGAGCGGGGUCGGGACAAGGGGCGGAACUGAUUCAUUUCCGCUCGCGCAGUUACGGGUCGAGUAGCGAGCCGAGCGAGAAGAAAGACAAAAUUCCUGCACCCAAGAUCGUACCGCAGUUCACAAGCCAGGAACAUGAGGCGAUUGCGUCAGGUGAGAAAGUGUCCGAGCUGUACCGACGGCUUCGGGGAAUGCUCCUCAACGUGGAGCUGGGUCUGGCGCUAGUGUACGUUACCAUGAGCACUGCGUCCGCCGUAGAUUGCCACACCCUCAGAGACGCCAUGGAACGACACGCCUCAGCCGCACACAGAGUAUUGGCUAUAUGUCUCGGCCGCCUGUCGAUGCACUCCAGCACUCUUAACAAUCAGCUGUGGCAGAGCCUACGACACGAUGGACCUACCUUCAUAUCAGACAAGCCAAAAGAUGAUUCGUUUCCAUGGAAGAUAAGUCUCGCGGACGUGUCCUGCUACACACUAGAACUGCCUCGCUUAUCAACGGCUACUGAUGUCAUGGGGCAGGAGAAGGCGGGGAUCUCAGCAGGCCUGAAGUCCAAGCUGAAAAUAUCUGGAAGUCCCAAGGCUAAUCGGAAGACGGUGCUGGAGCUGGUCACCACCACCAUCACAAUAUCCGUCGUUACUAAGGCACUGCAGUACAAGACUAUCUCCAGGAAUGAUCUGAAGAAGGCUCAUACUAUUUCAGAAGAAGAUCGGAAAACGAAGUACUUUACAACCGGAAUGGAGUUCAAGCCGACAACUUUGAAGGAAUUCGUUCGUGGUCCAUCCAGCAGACUACAGAAACCCGCCGACACGACGUCACAGACAGAGCUACCUCCGGAGGUGAUCACCAUCACGGAUGGACCGCUGAUCUCCUUGGGAGUACAUCUGCACGCUGACACUCCGCCCAUCAUCAUCCGGCUGGAACAGGGUCAGAUUCAAACGAUGGCCGCGGCAAUCCACUGUUUGGCUCACAUCAACACGUUACUGAAGCGGCCACCGAUCUUGAUCCCUAACACAAGCAGCUUCACUUCAAUCGGCAGCUCACACAGAUCAUUGAUACGGUCUGUGUCAGAGAUAAACGAGUUAGCGACCCCGUCAGAAGAAGAUACGAGUGAAAAAUCAGUACUGGUGCCGAUAUUCGAAAGGACAUUACAAAAAAAGCGACCGUUGAAGACAUUCCUUUGGUUCCAAUGGGUGGUGAGCCGCGCGACGUUAGUGCUAGCCUCUGACACUGUGAAGUUGGCGCUGGACAUCGAUGACAUCAUCAGCACGAUCGAUAUACAAACCGAGUACAACCAACUCAAGAUCAAGGUGGCAUCAGCCUCCAUUAAACAUUAUAAACGAAAUGAAAGAGACGAAUGGGUUUGUGGCGUCAUCGGCGGGAGGGUGCUGGAGGCUAGGGAGCCUUCGAAAGCAGAAGAGGAUGUUCAUUUCCUGUCUGUCACCAUCACACAAGCACAGGUUUCUGACCUGCCCGCAAGUUGGAAAGAAGAGCUGAAUUCCAAGUUGUUGGAGUCUUCCACGGCCCUGGGCACGACGUGGGAGGUGUUCGCCACUCUGGCCCCGUUAGAGGCAUUAGUACAGCCGAGUGUUAUAGACAACAGCAUUACUUUGAUCAGCGAGCUGGCACCAAUAGCAUUUUGUCCCUUAAGGGCGGAGACUGAGAGCAGACUGUCGGAUUGGCAAUGGCCGUACAUCUAUCUGAUUGCCGGCGGCAUUAGACUUGUCGUUGCCGGCGAGGAUGUGGGCAAAGAGAAACCCUUUGAUGACACCAUCAUUAUUUAUAUCGGUGCGAUAAAUAUUACUCCGCAUCCAGACAAUCCCAUCUGCCGGCGAAUGGUUAACGCGGCCCCCGAUGGUGGCUGGCUAGCAGGCAGUGGUGGGUUCGAGGGCCGGCAGUACGAAGUUAUCAUCAAAGAAGUCUCCAUACAAUCUACAAAGUUCAGAGCUAUAAUGCUCGCCGAGACGGUCUUAGACAACACAAAAGGCAUAACUAAUGAGAACCCUGCGCUAAAAUGGAGCCUACGUACGAAGAUACCACAAAUCGUUCCCAUAUUACACUCUGUCGAGCUUAGCUGUGUGCUAGCUCCGGCUAUGUACAUCGGCGGCAUGUUGGCCUGCGGUCCAGCUGUCGAGCUGAAUCUGGUGUCGGACUGCAGUAUAGAGAUCAGUGUGGAUCAGGUCGUUCUCUUCAAAAACCUACACCAAGAAUUCGUCUAUGACAUCGCCUUGGAACAGGAAAGGAGUUGGAUGGGCGGCCUUUUCGGUCGUACCCGGAAGUCAGUGGACAAGGAGAGCAUCUGCCCGUACGCGAACAUCAUAUCCAGCCAGCUCAACUUCGCACCUAUGGUCCUCGACGAACCUGUUAUCCUAGAGAACAUCCUAACGAUUAAACCGUCCACUGAAACCUGUCACACGACUUACGACUCUGGCGUGGAGACCACAGCCUCCUCCUCUAAGACCAAGAUGACUGAAGAGGAGCACGUCAAAAAGUCCGUCUCCGUUGCCUUUGUAGAAACGGAGGAUGCGGCGAAUUUUCUGGAAGUGUUCGUGACGAUGGGCGUCGUGGACCUCUCGCUGUACGUGGCAGAUGACGGCAGCCCCGAGGUGAUAGAUCUCAAACCACCCUCCGUUAAAAUGGUGGUGCCCGAAACACCGACCCCAAAACAGGAGGUUGAAAAAGAAGAUGAUGAAAAGAAUCUCGUGUCACCAGUGCACAGUCGCAGUAUCACCGAGAUGAUGCGAGACGUGGACAUCGGAGCGACGAUGCUUCACACGCAGCAUGAGAAGACUCAAGCGCGAGAGUACGAGGGCAAUGUGCCGCUCAUCCAAGCCACGCUGUUCCAGCCGAACGUUUACUACUGGAAGAGGAAAACGCAGAAGACUUUACAGCUAUCGUUGUUCAACGCGGGCGUAGCACUGGGUAUGACAGACGUGCAAGGACAUUGGAACUCCGUGUUGCUGUCCACUGCGAAGGGCGUGGUUGACCCGGUGACUGAAAUCCCCCCCGCACUCGCCACCUUCAAGGUCGUGGCUCCUAUAGGCAGCAUGUCGGGUGGGUCCGGUGCGAGUACGCGAGGUUCCAUCCGCUUGGACAUCGAGCGGCCCGUGCAGCUCGAAGUGAGCACCGACAACCUCAGGAGGUUGCGAGAUAUAGUGUCGCUUGUGGCUUCGAAUCUAAACACCCGGUCUCCGCUACCACAACCUUUACCACAUCCUGACAUACCAUUACUAUACGAAGUUAAAAAGAAAUUUUUAUCGGCUGGCAUGGAGAGUGUAACGAUCCAGACGAGCCAGAUCUCAGCGUGUGGAUUUGAGGGGAUAGUGGGCUGGGACAGCUUCUCCCUGCAGAUCUCAGCCAGUACUCGUCCCGAGAGAAUGAACGCGCGCGGACUCGUCACCGCUCUGCUGGUGGCGGCCGGCCCGCCUGCGGACCGGCGACAUGUCAUCCUGCAACCUCUGAUGUUGGGUUUGGAACUAGAAGCUUGUUGGGAAGCAUGGCGUCGUGCAGAAGGUUGCCAUUCUAUGCGGGAACCAACCGUGAGGAUUAGUGUGGAGCUCGAUGACGUCACUGUGGAUCUCCGACCUUCCGAAAUGGCCACUGUUCAACGGCUGGAAAGAUCUUACAGAGAGCUGGCUAAUAUUCAAGAGGUGCCAGCUAACGUGAGCUUGAGCAUGUAUCCUUCAGCAGAGUCGGCGACGCAUCGCGGUGUGUUCGUAACUUCUCAGUCUUCCAUGCACUCGGCUCCGGAGACUGAACCCUGUGACCAUUUCUACAAAGAUGAUCUUAGGAGCGGAGCCUUUAAGAUCUUGAGCGGUGGUCAGCUGCCGAUGGCGUACCAAGUGAUGCUGUACGGCAGUGCGGUGUCGUGGCGCUACCCGCACCCCAGGGCUAUCAUCAGGCUCGUCGCCUUCCCGUUACCAGGACAGGAGACAGAAACAAAUUGUGUGCUGGAACUGUACAACGGUAUGUUGGCAAAGUGGGAGUCGCACACGUACUUCAAGAUACCCGUUGGGGAACCGAGGGAGCUCAAUCUGCCAGUCAGUCCACCCGAAGCGGUGUUCGCAAUAAUGUGGCGGUUCCGCGUAUGUGAAAACGUCGAGUCGCCCCCUGCGCCUUACGAGUUUGUGUCGAAACGGUUCCUACCACGCAGUGAUCCCGUGGUAAUUGACGAGCAGCCAGAGUACACGGAUGGAAAAUCAGUAGCUGGUGUGUCGGCGGAACAACUGUCGGGAGUGUUGCGCGUCGACUCAUACUUUGCGCCUCGACUCAUCCCUCGGACGAAAGCCAUGAUGCGUGUCGCCAGUAUUAACUUACAUGUGCAUAACUCACUGCCCUGUUUAACUAGUGGAGGGACGCCCCUGGAAGGCUACUACGUCUCGAAGCCUCUGAUGCGUUCUCACCGAGUGCUGAGUGUGACCGCGCGGUCCACGGCGCUCCAUGCAUUGUACGGCUCGCCCGCCGGGACGCUCGCCAUGGUCGACACUAAACUAUCCUCCGACAUAAUAGACUGUUCGACGGGAACGAUGGAGGAGAUGGUGGAACAGUUCCGCCUACAAGGUGGCUUAUCAAGCAAACAAGAUUCACUACUGACUGCCCGCUACCGCGCCCUGACUACUGGCAUUCACGUAGCGCUGCAAAUACCAAGGCUCAAGACCCUGCAGUCUCUCUGUCAAGAUUGGAAGGUGGCGUAUGACGAGUAUUUGACCAAUUCGAUUGCGGCAUCUGUGAGCGAGGAUGAUGAGGAAAUGUCAGAAGAGAUUGAGCAGGAUGACUCGUUGGCGGCUGACGAGGCGGCCGUGACAUUAGAAGGCAGAGUGUCGCUUUGGAUACACAAUAGUUGCGUGUCCGCCAUGAGGGUAGGACAAGAGGACACCGAAGAAGUUGUACCACUCGGCCCGGGUGCCAAACUGGCCUAUAGAUGGCGUAGUCCAACGGCUCCCAAGAGGCUUCGGCUCGCACUGGCUGGUCCUUCAGCAGAUUGGCACUGGUCUUCUAGUAUACCUUUCUUGGCGGGCACCCACCGACUAAGGAUCGAUACUCCGGACCAAACGAACAGCAAGCAAAUUUCUACGACAAGCGCCUUCGUCCAUGUGAAGGUUGAGGAGACAGGAGCCGCUAGGAACAUGCACCUCUCCGGGAGAUUGGUGCUCGCCAAUAUGCUCCGAGCUACACUACUGUAUAAGGUCCGUGCUCACUGCAAUGAAGCUUCCCAGUGGCAGACGGUGUGCUCGGGUGAGAUGGCAUCGGAGACUGUCGGCCGCAGCGUCGUCUGCAGUACCGACUGCGAGAUGGUGCUCAAAAUAAAGCUCAUGUCACACAACACCUGCUGGUCAGGCGACAUACCGCUCAAGGAGUGCCCUAAAGAAAACGUGCCGUGGUUGGUCAAAGUACCAACCGAUGGAGAAACCCAGUUUGUGUCAGUAUGGUGUCGCGUGGUGCGCGGGCGCAGCGAUGGGCGUAUCCUUGCUACUAUAUGGCCUCUAUACGUGUUACAUUCACACUUACCGCUUGAUACAGAAGUAUUAAUAGUAACAGACCCGUGUGUAUCCACGACAAAGGAUGGAAAAUCGGAGCAGACACAGCUUCCGCCGAUGUUGCAGCUGUCACCGGGCCGCGGGUCCAGCACUCACUUGCAGGCGCCAGGCACUACUGCCACCAGGCAUAGCUUGUCCUUCCAGUAUAAGAACAUCGAGUGCCCGGUGACGAGAGAAGCGGUGCCCUUACACUACGGUGUGACCGACACCUCCGUGUUUGACAAACGAUCACCUGUACUCAACAUUGAUGACGUCAUCAAGGACGUCCUGCGAUGGUUGAAACGUUCGGCCCGUAAUGCGUCGUCCGAAUGGCCAUACUCUGUCGUCGCUAGACACUGGUACGGAGAAUGGGUAGCUGCAUUCAUACAACCACGAUGUGAUGUCACUGUGCGCUACACCGCCGUGCGCGCUGGCGGGGGCUGCAGCCUGGAGGUCCAGCUGUGUCCAGUAGCGUUGAUGUGCAACGCCACGCCCAUAGCGCUCACGCUGCGCGCGUACGACGCCGCGCCGCUCUGCAAGCUCGAGCCCGGCACUGCUAUCUCACCACCCACUAAUAUCAUCAAGAAACCGUUCUUCAUGUCAGUGGAGAUGGGCCGCGAGACGUUCGUGAGCAGCCAGCUCCAAGUGUCAGUGGAGGACCCUGGCCGGUACGGCACCCCGCCGCCCGGCCACGUGGCUCUCGACCACGCCACCAACUUCGCCAUACUCUGCAACCAGAAGGUGGCACUGCUGACGUUGUACUACGAGAUCAAGAAGGAGAUCAACGUGCUCGGCGUGUCCACCUCGUACGUACUCAUUAACAGGCUCGACACGGAACUCAUGGUAUCAGCAGUAGCAGUUCCAAACGACAUGGACGACUCCACUGCCCUACGCCCCAAGUCAUUCAAAGUGGUCGCGCCUGUCAAGGAGGGAAGUGUCUACGGUACUCCACUGACUCGCUUCUGGUUGCGCGGGCGCUGGCGCGGCGGGCACCCGUCGGAGCUGCGCACGUACCUGUGCCUGUCUCUCUCGUCCGGCACCAACCCGAUGCAGGCGCCCGUGCCCAUCCGGCUCGGAGUGCCACCGCUACGACGGGCCGUAGCCCUCAUUGACUCCUCUAUGCAGUCGGUGCCAAUAGUGGUGACUCAGAUAAAGAACGACAACCGUUGGCUGGUGGUGGUGGCGCCGGACCCGUGUCCUCAGUUCAUCGUGCACAACCACACCCACCACACCUUAGCCGUCGCCCAACCAGUGCUCUUCCCCGAUGAACCGUCUACUUCAAAUACUGUGGCUGUAACAGAGUGCGCAGGAGCACCAUGGUGGUGUACAGUACCACCGAACGCGGCGGUCCACUAUUCGACUCCUGCGCAUUGCGCCCGCUAUCCGCCCGAAGGCAUGCCAGCGACAUCUGUUGCCUCGUGUUACCUCACAUUUGCCAAAGGAAAAGAAGAGGUAGAACUUGAGUGGAGUUCCCCGGUAGUGGCCGCGGACGGGGAGCACCUCCUGCAAUACUACGGCGGCAUCACCAUAAAACUGCGCGUGCGCACCCAUCCACACUCCACGCUGCUCGAACUACAGGAUGUUGGCCAAAACGACAUAUCAGCAAGUGACAUCAGACGCCGUUUGCUCGGAGUGAUAGAGAACGAAGAUGCAGCAAAUCGAAAGGAAGCGGCCGCAAUAAAUGCACCUAGCUUGGAGAGAGUGGAUGCUGUUUGUCGGGUGAUCCCUCCAGAGGAGGUUGGUGUAGGCGAGUCAAUUGACGAAGGCCGGGUAACGGACCAUCUCCAAACCCCUUCUAUUGGGAAACGCGAAGAUAUGGAAGAUAAGUCCAGUAAAAAGACGUCUAUAAGCCAGGAUGCUGCGUACUCGUCUGCGUCGGUAGAAAACGUACAAAGCCGCAUCAUCCAAAACUCGAGUUUCAUGUACGCAUCGGACACAAGGUUCCAGAAAGAAGAUUUUGAGCCCGAGAUCCAGAUGGAUGAAACCGCAGGGAAUACGGAGCGGUUCCGCUGCGUUAUCGCAGGGGUCUCGGUGGAACUGUCGGCCGCGUCCGAUGUGAUGCCGCUACUCGCUGUGCAUCUCGACCGCACCGCGCUACUCAUGCAGUCUGAUAGCAAGAAAACAAAUACAGUCCUAUCAAUAGCGGACGCGCAGAUCGAUAACCUACAAUACGAGACGGGGCAAUAUGACUUCGCAGUGAUAGCGAGCACUCGGUCGGAGCCCCUGGAGCCCGACCGGUGGCCCCCGCUGUGGAACAUGUUCGCUGAACGAGAAACCUUCGCCACCAGGUCUGACACUGCAAGACUCGAACUCCGACUGCAGCACGACAAGUGGGAAGUUGUCAAUAAUCAAUACAGAGAACUAACAGAGGUGGACUUAAGAGUGGGUACUCUGGCUCUGUAUGUGGAGGAUGCGUACGUGAAGGCUUUAGUGGACAUGUCCCGUCUCCUGCUGCCGCCAACCAGCGCUAAUGACAACGGCUCGUUGAACGAGGAGAGGUCCAUACAGAAACCACUGCGACUCAGGGUGUUGCAUGUCCAUCCGCUCGAUCUCACAUUGACGCUUCAUACUGCUGUGCGAAUGUACAUAGCCCUAGACCAAAGUCCGCUGCGCCUGAGUGCUUUCAAACUGCACGAUAUGAUGACGUCAGCGGAACGUCUCACGCACGCGCUCACCGUGCAUUACCUGUCUGCCGCCAUAUUGGGAGCGGGUUGGGUAGUCGGUGGUCUGGAACUGUUGGGUGCGCCCGGAGCUCUGGCGGCUCGUUUAGGGGGUGCCACUGGUGGUGUGAGGGGUGUAGCCUCCGCUGCGGCGGCGGCACUACUUCGUUCCCUGAGCGCGUGGGCAGGGUCUCUGGCGAGGAACUUGGACCUGUUGGCUGGUGAUGAAGAGCAUGCGAGGCGAGCCGCAGCGGCGAGGAGAAGACCACCGCCCAGCUUCGUGGCAGGACUCGUUGCUGGCAUCACCAACUUCGCUAUUAAUAUACUCGGAGCGGUGGGUGGUCUAGCGCAUCACCCCCUAGUGGGGGUGGCAGUGGGUGAGACAGACAGUGGGGCGGCGGCACUACGGCGCGGUAUCCUCGGAGCACUGACUAAGCCGCUCAGCGCUACUGCUGACCUUGUAGCUUACGCGGGCUCCGGCCUGCUGCGACAGACUGGGUGGGAUCCCAUACCUGAGCCUCGCCGCAUAUCGUCCUCGAUGCAGCCGCGCACGCAGGCUGGCUGGCACAGAGACUGCGUGCGUUGGGCGUUCCGCAUGUGUGAGCUGAACACGUUGAAUGGGUUCGAGGUGCUGCUCGAUAACGCGCCCCUACAACUACUGCUCACACACAAGUUCCUGAUCGUGGCUGAUCCUGAGACGGAGCGAAUCGUAGAGAUGAUCGACUUGAGGUUCUGCACCCUGAGCCCGUACCAAGGACAAAUCAUUGAGCUAUGCGUGAUGCAGAGGAGACAGUCUAAGAUGCUGGACCGAAUACCCGACGAAGAUGAAGAGUUCCAGAUCAGCGCAGCGGCAAUGGCUCGCGUGGCGCGCUACACUGGGGCUGAAGGCACAUCAAUAGGAGAGGCUCGAGUCCUCUCACUCCUACCUCCGCCCGGCAGAUCGCACGCCCUCCACGCAGUCUUGGUCGUAGCUCUACACCAUAAUUCUGACUCGCACUUCCCCAUGCUAUGACCCCAGCGAGCCCGGCGACCCCAACCUCACAGGUCUAAGAGAAACAAGGCUUGGGACUCAGAGGUACGUGCCAAACUCCGUCAGACAUACAGGUACUAAUAGAAAAGGCCUAAAUUUUUUAUGUAUAAACUAAUAAACGGCCUAAUUUUGCGCAUUGUACGGUUUCCACUCACCUCUGAAUCCGAAGUAAUCAAGUAUUGUAAUUGUUAGCUAUUAUUAUUAUUUAUUUUAAGUUUAGUAAUGUUAAUGACAGCUUUUUAGUUUCGUAUACAUAGUGCAUAUCGAUACAAAACAGAUGUUAAAUAAUUUAUAUAUACAUACAUAUUACAUAUAUACCUACUGUAAAAAGAGUCUCAGCUGUUAAACAUGACAAUAAUACUAUUCAUAGACCAUUCAUUGUAUAUGCUACUCAGAAUACAUGAUGAAUUACGAAAAUGUGGCGUAAUACUUCAACUAACAAGGUUAAUACUAAUUUACACAUAUAGGUUUUACUAAUUUGCCCUGUACUCCUAGUCUGAGUUUCCUUUACGUUUAAAGUAAUUAAAACGAGAGCGCGUUCGGCGCUCUGAUUGGUUGGUUUAUCCGAGCCGGCCAACCAGAGCACCGAACGUGCUCUCGUUUCGAUUGCUUUAGCACGUUAACUGCCACGUAGAUCACCGGUAUAGGCGUCUUUUGAAGGUUCCCCCCGUCAACAAAAAAAAGGUCACCGGUGCCCGGAGUUAGCGAAGGAUUUGCCUCCAACAGUUUCCUGAUGGCAGUCAAAGGCUUAAACGUAAAGCAAACUCAUAAUAAGGGUACUGAUGUACUGAAACUCACAUGUUAUAAGAAAUACUUGUAACAGUGUGCCAUGACAUUCCAUUAAUAAUAAAUAGGUUAACCCCACAAUAACGAAAUAACACAUUUAAGUCUUCCACGGUACUCUUUCUAUAUUAUAAUAUACUUAUAUAUGCAGUAACUCAGUCUUCCGGCCCUUGUGACGUCAGCGACACAUACACGUAUUAGCAAUAUUAAUUAUAUAACUAUAAUAGAAGCAACACACACAUAUACACAUUUAAAAUAGAUUUUCUUUACAUUAUAAUGUACAUUUUAAAAGUUUUCAUUAUAUUCAGCAUAAAAUUAGCUUCCCAUUAAUGGAAUAUAGAUAUAUCCAGCUAGGUUUUAUUCAUCUAUGCUAUUGAUAUAUCUAAACUGUUAUAAAAUGUCCAUAAUUCAUACAUACAUAUAAAUAAAAAUAUAUAUUUUAAAAUUAUGAUAGAUGUAAGUUUCAAUGAGAAGGUUUUUAGCUAAAAUCUUAACCAGAUAUAAUAUUAUACACUUAUAUAUUUAUUAUAUUGCACAUAGUAGCUUAGGUGCAUACACCGCAUUAGAUGGCAGCAAUCGACUUGACAUUUAAUUGUAACUGUAACGUACAAACACUUUUGCUAUUAGUCUUAAAAAGAGAAGACACGCUAAUAUUGAUCCGUAAUUGAGCCACGACUGCGCAGAACAUUUGAGUUCAUAGUCAGUCCGAUAUUGCGUGAUGUCACCGCAUAUUGCUAGAUGGUAGCUACAUAUAUCACUACAUAUUAUACAUACAUUGAAAACCAAAACUAAAUUAUCUUACGAAUACUGCUAAACUUGUAAGAUCCUUUAAUAAUUGUAGUCUGUAAUAGAUAGAAGUAUUUACAAUACAUAUUUAAUACUAAUGUAUAAUUAUUAUUAUCAAUCAUUCCAGAAGCAAUACAAAUAAGAACAAUAAUAGAAAUAAUAUAGACUGUAAUUAAAGGAAGUAUAUAUUAUUCUUAAAUAAAUUACAAUUAUUUUAAAGGUUUUACUAAACAGUUGAAAUUUUGUCUUUUCAUAGAUAAAUUUUGAUAUUCUGAUAUAAAGUUACUACUACACAUAAAGAUGGAUUUACACGCGUAGUUUUUGCAUAACAAUACAUACAUGAAUAUCGAAAGAAUUAAUUAAAUCAUAGCACUCAUAUUCAUUAUAUGUAUCCGAUAAAAUACUGGAAUUUUCCAAGCAGUAAUAAUUGUUGUAACACGAUAACAAAUCAUAGCAUUCUACUUGCCUCCAUACUUUAAAAACUUUGGUAGAAAUAUCACAUGUAUCCUUACAAUUAAACAAAACUAUAUUAUAUAUCACACUAUAUCGCCUCGUCUCUCUCGAUUGUCUCUCUGACUUCUGAGUAGCUUCAGUGUUUAAUGUAUAUUUAGUUUCUUUAAAUUAUUAUCAGUUAAAAUUAGUAUAUAAUUUCUGCGUCCAUUUGAACGCUGAUUUAUCUAUGCUAGCUUUUAAAUUGUCCAAAAACUCACAUUAAGAAAAAAUAAUGACAAAUUGUAUUUAUUUAUUUAUAUAAUUCACUAAUUUUGUAUAGAAUAUCCUUAGCGUAUGAAUACGAUAUAUGAGCGUGCUAUUUAUGUAUUUAUAGCUUUGCGCUUGAUAACACUAAAUUAAUGGCGAGAUCAUUCACAUAUACUAUUUGUAUCAUACUACAUUGCACUAUUGUAAAUUUCCCUCUCUAGUGAAUCACUGUCUGAAGUGUAUGUUGAGUACUAUGUUUAAAUGUUCCAAGUAGAGGCCAAAUAUAUUAAGUAUUAUAGGUAUAAAUCUAUAGAUGUAACGAUUUAUUAAUUCUAUUUUAGACUUUAUACGUGUUUACCAAGUCACAAAAUUCUAUGUCACUGUAUAUUGGACUUCAGGUAUUUGUUAUAUGUUAGUAAAGGGUAUUAUUAUUUAAAUUAGAUGUAUUUUGCUAUUAUUGUCAUCGUAUAUUGUGGCGGGUAUUGCCGUUGUUGAGUUAUAUGUGUAUGAGAAACUGCAUUUAAUUACUGCCUAUACUAUAACCGCCGGGUAUUUUGCAUUGACAUUAGUAAGUAGUGAGACUUUGUCUGAUAAUAGUCCUUGUUGUUUUCGACACAUGGUAUAAAAUCGAUAUAUAUAUUUAUGAAAUGAAUGUACGAUUAAUUAUUAUGUUAUCGGCUUACUCACGUAACUGUUUCACGAGGAACUCGACUAGUUUCAAGCCAUGAUAGAGGCUCAUAUUCAUGGGCAGCAUUCCGCAACACAGGACGCGGCGAUUAUCGCGCUGCUACUGUAGCAUGGCUUGAAACUAGUCGAGUUCCUCGUUAAACAGUUACGUGAAUAAGCCGAUAACAUAAUAAUUAAUUUAGUAUGUCUCACGAAAGUUAUAAUAGAAUGUACGAUUAUUAUGUCCCAGGUGUAAAGAACGGAAUAUUUUACAAUUGAACACUACACGGGAAUUUCUAAAAAAGGGAAUUCUCGCAAUCGAAGUCGCGAGCCAACCGCUAGUCAUGUUACAAAGAAUGGAACUCGGUGGUGACUGUACAAGCGGUGUGUACCUACUCUAACAAUUCCAUAACGUUUGAAGACUGUUCACGAAUUAUUAUACCUUUAUACAGUAUGUUAACUCACAGAGGGUGUUACUUUAAACACGUUAAUCUAUAUCAUUAAUAGAUUAAAAUAAAAAUAUCAGCAUAGAAAAAUAAGCAACAAAUUGCAACGUUUCCUUCCUUCAACUACGCGUGCAUAGAUUGUUUCUUUUACGUAUCCAUUUAAAAUUUUUGGUGAAGAUUUUAAUAUAUAUAAAAAAAAAAAUGUUUUUGAUUGGUAAUAUUUUUUUUUGCAUAUAUAUGGAUGCUAUACUAUCGCGGGUUAACAGGAACGCCCUCUGUUAGUUAACAUACUGUGUAUACAGCACCCGGCGGUAAAUAUUGCACAUCCAUGUUUGGAUUAAGAUAAUUUUGUAUGAUACUAUGUUCUUUUAUUUAUUCAAUACUCUUUAUUCUUUCGAGGAAAGUACUCGAUUGAUUUCAGCUGAGAGCUCACAAGAAUGAGCUAUAUAAGCGGCGACUUGGCCGAUUGUCUCUUUCUGAAACUCGAUGUGCAAUAUUUAUCGCCAGGUAUUGUAAAUUAAUUUGUAGAUAAAUAUUAUAUUUAUUGUAUUGUGCACUUUAUAAGCACUUUUGGAAAUAUGAUUUGAAUAAGUAUUGUAUAAAUGUUGAUACCUGAGCUCCAAUGAUACGAAUGUGUUUGUUCUAAUAAAUCUAUACUGUAGUUGUAUGUGUAAUCAUAAAGUUGGAUGUAACGAUAAUGGCUACGGUUUAUUUGUCAAAUGUUCUAAGAGUGUCAAUAAUUUGAAAUAAAUUGGUUUAUUGAUGUA